AUGGGUAGUUGUAAUUUCAAAGAAGACAGUACAGAUACAACGGUCAGCAUCUCCAAAACGCAUUUUCAAUUCCAAUAUGUGAUCGGCAAAGGUGGCUUUGGGAAGGUUUGGAAGGUUGAAUUGAAGAAAUCUCAUGAAAAUUUUGCUAUGAAAGAAAUGCUGAAAGCAAGAGUUCUAGCAAAGAAAAGUGUAAAUUCAGUGAUGAAUGAGAGAAGACUCUUGUCAAUGCUUCAUCAUACUUUUAUAGUAAACAUGCACUAUGCAUUCCAAGAUAGAGAGAAUCUUUAUUUAGUAAUGGACCUGAUGCCAGGAGGAGACUUAAGAUAUCAUUUAGGACGUUGAAAAACAUUUACGGAAGAACAGACUAAAUUUUUUAUCGCGUGUAUUGUGCUAGGUCUUGAAUAUUUACAUAAAAACGGGAUCCUUCAUAGAGAUAUCAAACCUGAAAACUUAGUGAUUGACGGUCAAGGAUAUGUAAGAAUCACAGACUUUGGUAUCGCUAGGGUCUGAAAUCCAGAAAACGCUAAAGACACAAGUGGUACACCUGGCUAUAUGGCCCCUGAAGUAAUGUGUCGGCAAAAUCAUGGAGUUGCUGCUGACUAUUUUGCACUUGGGAUUAUUGGCUAUGAAUUUAUGAACGGAAAGCGGCCUUAUCUAGGAAAGUCAAGGAAAGAAAUCCGUGACCAAAUUUUAGCUAAGCAAAUCCAAAUCAAAAAAAAUGAAAUUCCUGAAGGAUGAUCAGUAGAAGCUGCUGAUUUUAUAAACAGAGUAAAACUUAUUUAGAUGAUUCAAAGAAAACCUGGGAAUAGGCUAGGGUUAAAUGGUCCUGAUGAGGUAAAAAACCAUCCUUGACUCAAGGAUUUUGAAUGGGAUAAGCUUUUGGAGCACUCUUUAGUGUCUCCUUUUAUACCUGACAAAAAUGAAGAUAACUUCGAUAUGAGGCUGCAUCUUUCUAAUGACCCUUGAAAAGAUGCGGAUAAUAGUGAGCUUCAGGAAAGUGCAGAACUACUGAGAAAUAAUUCAACUCAAAAUUUAUUUGCAGGCUAUUUCUAUGAUAUAAAUCAGCAACAGCCAAAUAAUUCUGAUUCGGCAACAACAAAAUAA